AUGUCGUCGUCAAAGGUAAUCCUGUUUGACCUCCCUAGCAGAGACGGCGCCGCGUGGUCGUUGAACCCAUGGAAGACUCGUAUGGUCUUGAAUUACAAGAAGAUUGACUACACGACCGAAUGGGUGGAAUAUCCCGAUCUCGCACCCAAGUUCAAAUCCCUCGGCAUUCCCCCGAAUCCCAAGGACGCACAUGGCUAUUUCACCGACUACAGCAGUCCUGCUAUCAAGCAUGCAGACGGAACUUACCAAAUGGACUCAUGGCCCAUUGCUCUCGAGCUCGAGAAGCAGCACCCGAGCCCUUCUUUACAUUUCGACGAUCCGAUUGUUGUGAAGAUCAGGGACCUCCAACCCAAUUUAAUGGGUCCGCUCAGAUCCUUGAUUAUCCCUCGGGUGCCAGUAGCAUUCUUGAAUAAGCCAAGUGCUGAUUACUUCUACAAGACGAGGCAGGAGUUGUUCGGGAAGCCGCUGGAACAAGUAGAAAAGGAUGCUAAUGCUGAGGAGUGCUGGGAGAAGGCUAAAGCGCCAGCGAAAGAGAUGGGUGAUCUGCUGAGAAAGAGCGGUGGCCCGUAUUUUCUUGGUCAGACUGUCUCUUAUGCAGACUUCAUUCUUGUGUCAAUGAUGCAUUUCAUCAAGCGCGUAAGCGAGGAUCAUUUCAAGAAGCUUAUGUCUCUUGAUGAUGCCUUCCCAAAGCUCUUCGAGGCGAGCAAGCAAUGGUUGGAGAAAGAAGAUUAG